AUGCAAGCUGCCCAUAUGGGCAUCAAAUGGGUAGUAGGGAAUGGUGAAAAAGUGAGGUUCUGGGAAGAUCAAUGGUUAGGUAAUACUAGUUUAGCUAUUCUUUUUUGGCCUCUGUAUGUGAUCAAUGAACAGCAGGGUAAGACGGUCAGUGAGGUUUGGGAUGGUGAGGAUCUUAAGCUCUCCUUUCGGAGGCAUGUUUCUGUGGGGCUGAUGGGUUUAUGGGAAGAGCUAAAGGUUGCUGUAGAGAAUAUUAUCCUGAAUAAUGAGGAGGAUCAAAUUUUGUGGUCCUACAACUCUACUGGGAGGUACUCGGUGCAGUCCUUGUAUGCUAUUAUCAACCACAGGGGUGUGGUUCCAGUGUUUCUUCCAGCUGUUUGGAAGCUUAAUAUUCCACCUAGGGGUGUACCAUGGAUGGGGAUGAAGAGGGUGUUUGCUAUGUUGGGAAGGAUGCUGAGAAACUGGAUGCCAAUGUUCACGUCGGAGGUCCAGAAGAGUGUGGAGCAGAUAAGUAGAAUAAUACUACUGCUAAUGGACGGCCGUCGCAGGAGUGUCUCCUCCGUGGACGUCUCACUGAGCAUCCCUUCAGCACCAGCGGCUUCCAUGCUGGUGGACAAGGACAACAUGAGCGAUGACAAGAUAUCAAUCUUCAUCCCCCAAAGGUCUCCCUCCAACAAGAUCCGGCCACUAGGGUUUCAACAAAACGAGGCAUCCAAUGAUCCACCUCCACUCUCCGCCAAGAGCAUGACACUUGCACUCAUCAAGAAGGUGGUAGCAGAGUUCCUGGGGACAUUCCUGCUCAUCUUCACCGUGGUAUCAGCGCUCAUAAUGAACGAGACGCACAACGGUGCGCUGGGCCUGCUCGGCGUGGCGGCGACCGCAGGUAUGGCGGUGGUCGUCAUCGUCUCCUCCAUCUUCCACGUGUCUGGAGGCCAGCUCAACCCGGCGGUCAGCGUCACCAUGGUCGUGUUUGGCCACCUCCCACCAGCUCACCUCGUGCCCUACAUUGUCGCUCAACUCCUCGGAUCCACGGCAGCCUCAUUCGUGGCCAAGGCGCUCUAUGAUCCGGUGAACCUAGGCGCUAUUGUCGCCACCGUGCCUAGGAUCGGCGCCUUUGAGGCAUUCUGGGUUGAGUUCAUCACCACCUUUAUCCUCCUCUUCGUCAUCACUGCUCUUGCCACCGAUACCAGAGCAGUAAAAGAACUGGUGGCAGUGGGAGCUGGGGCGGCAGUGAUGAUGAGCGCUCUCAUCUCCGGAGAAUCGACCGGAGCAUCGAUGAAUCCGGCUAGAACGCUAGGAACAGCGAUCGCCACGGGAAUAUACACCAAGAUCUGGAUCUACGUAGUUGCUCCUCCGCUAGGCGCCAUUGCUGGAUGUGGAGCUUACCAUGCGCUCAAGUGA